AAAAUGCAAAGUUAAUUGGUGGUUAUAAUCCAUUAGAUUGGCAAAGUACUGAAUAUUGGGGUGCGACAUUAGACAGCUUUAUAUUUUCUUUUACAAAUCAAGAAAAUAUUGAUUCGGGAUACAUUGCAAGAAUCAGAAAAAAUUUUUCUAAAUUUGCUAUAUAUAACCGUAUAGACGUUGGACCAGCCUUUGGUGGAGGGUGGAAUUUAGGUAUUCAAAGUAAUAUCAUGAGUAAAUGUAACGGUUAUACAUAUCCUGGAGUGGAUACUAUUUUUGCUGAAAAAAAUAAUAUUAAAAAAAUUCUUUUAGAUUAUGAAGUAUUUCAGGAAAGAAUUCUUCGCACAUCCAUUAAUUUUAGAAGCAAAGCAUCAAUCAUAUCAACGAUGACGUUAACUUUUGAUUCUCAGUCGGCGGCGAUUCGACAUCGUCCUAAUACUAAUUAUGCAUAUGAGAGUUAG